GUACACAAAAAUUUUAUGAUAAUGCAAUUAUGCGCAUAUUAUGUCGACUAUGCAUCCUUCAUAUUGUAUCAGAAUCCAUUAUAUCAAAAUUUCUGUUCUUUAGUGUCCAACUUGCUUCUGUACUCCCAAAUACAUACUGUGGUAAUCCCUUAACCCAUUAUCCUUUUGGUCUUACAAGUUUGCCAAGAAAACCACUUGGAGCGGUUGAAACCUUAAGUCCGUUCGCUAUGCCAUAA